CCCCCGGCAGCCUGACAGUGAACGCGUCCAGGAAGUUUCUCUGCGUGUUGAUCACUCGCGUCGACAUUGAAGGGAAACCAGGAAGUGCACCGAUGUGCGCUGUAGCAUUCAGGGCUACCGAAGGCGUCUUGCUGCAAACUUGCCCGGUGCCACACGGCUUGAGGUCUUUCUGCGCUCGUACGAGGACUCGUGUAAUGUGACAGUGUAAUAUAGGCCAGUUAUAUAUAUAACUUACUUGCCAGCCAUUCAGGCUUUCGUUGGUGUUGCGAUCCUUUGCUGUAUUAUUAAUGCGGCUGUCGCGUCGCUGAGUUUAAUGGUGCCGUGUGUACGCUUGGCCCGGGCAAUUGGGGGUGCUCGUCGUCCUGUAGCCGUGGGCCAUGGCCGUCGCUGAGCACGUGCGGUCAUGCAGACCUCACUGGACCGCUGGCGGAGCCAGCUGAAUAGGAGGCACCUCUCUGUUUACAAGACCAUCCUCACUGUGGUCAGGGUGAGCCGGCUCAGCAAGAGACUUCUUCACUCGAAGAAGGCGAAUGCGGCGGAAGAGGCGCGCGUGCUGUGCAUUGUGACGGACACGACCCGCGGCGACACGCAGCGCAUCACCGUGAACCUGCCCUUCUCCACGCCGCUGCGCGAGCUGCAGGCGCACGUGGCCGCGGAGGCGUCCUACCAGGCCCACACCUUCCUGCUCGUGUGGAAGCACGACGAGCAUGCAAAGGAACCAUUGAAUGGAGAGUCGGAGGAGUCCCUGAAGGAUGCUGGCUUUGCCGAAGGAAAGAAGAAUUAUCUGCACCUGACCGACAAGAAUGGGAUACAACCUCUUCCGGCUCCGCAACCUCCACCUGAUGACUCUGGGGGUACGAAGGGGCCCGGCGGUGGAGGCGGCGGCGUGGACGAGAACGGCCACGAGAAGGUGACGGGCUCUCCUCCCAGCGAGAGCGUCGCAACCUGCGCCAACGAUCCCGCCGGCCCUGCUUAUGGAGUCCUCUGCAAGUCUGAGACCGGCUAUGUGGGCCUGGUUAAUCAGGCCAUGACCUGCUAUCUGAACAGCCUCCUGCAGACCCUGUACAUGACCCCCGAGUUCCGCAAUGCCCUCUACAAGUGGGAGUUUGACGGCUCAGAAGAGGAGGGGGACAAGUCCAUCCCCUUCCAGCUGCAGAGGCUCUUUGUGCAGCUGCAGACGAGCCGCAAGCGCGCCGUCGAGACCACCGAUCUCACGCGCAGCUUCGGCUGGGACAGCAGUGAAGCUUGGCAGCAGCACGAUGUCCAGGAGUUGUGUCGAGUCAUGUUCGAUGCCUUGGAGCAGAAGUGGAAGAACACGGAGCAGGCGAAUCUGAUCAACGUGCUGUACCAAGGCCAGCUGAAGGACUACGUACGCUGCUUGGAGUGCGGCCACGAGAGCUCCCGUCUGGACACCUACCUCGACAUCCCUCUCGCCAUCCGGCCGUUUGGCUCCAACCAGGCGUACUCUAGCGUGGAGGAGGCGUUGCAGGCAUUCGUGCAGCCGGAGACACUGGAUGGCACCAACCAGUACUUCUGUGAGCGCUGCAGCAAGAAAUGCGAUGCCCACAAGGGCCUGGAGUUCCUCUACUUCCCGUACCUGCUGUCCUUGCAGCUGAAGCGGUUUGAUUUUGACUACUCCACGCUACACCGCAUCAAGCUCAACGACCGCAUGACCUUUCCCGAUCACCUGGACCUCAACGCGUUCAUCGAGGCCCCCGAUGAGGAGAAGUGCGGUCAGGCAGACAGCUGUGCGGACAGCGGAGCGGAGAACGAGGGCAGUUGCCACAGCGACCAGCUGCUCACGGAUUUCAGCUACGCAGACGCCGUGGACGAGGGCAUCGACCUGGAAAACAGCAGCCUGGGCGAGCGCAAUUGCAAACCCGUUCUCGCCAAGGUGAGGGGUGGGGGGGGAAGCGUUGUCCGGCACGCCGCGGUGGCUAGGAAGUGUUUACUACCUCGCCUGGUCUACAGGAGGCCGUGGGUUUGAUCCCGACUCUGACGACACCUGUA